AAUGCAAUCGUGCAGUUAUAGGUUGUUGCAAAUGGAAGAGUCGACACUGGGUGCAAUAUUUACAUCUUAGUAAGUAACUUUCUUACUACAUCGCAACUGUGCCGCAAGCGUGUUUUCAGGAAAACGUGUCUGUGAAGUUAGCAGGCUAAUGCUAUCGCGCGUACUUGGGCCCUGUUUAAUCUGAGUGUAGUCGGCGUUGUUUUGGUCAGUGACGUCAAAGUAAGCGGUGACACCUGAAUCUUAUUACUCGCUAUCGAGCAUACCUGCCCGUUGUCCGUUUGGUUUAUUAACACGACGUUUGCUCCAUUAAUAGGCUACGCUUACGCAAGUAAAGCUAUGGCUUCCAGGCGGGCAGGUUAUACGAGCAGCGUGGAUUCUCCUUCGUCAAAUAGUGGCAACCGCAAGACGAGUGUCAACAUCCCUGACAGGCCCGUUGUAGAAUCCUGCUACGACCGCAAACCGGACAAGGUUGUAUACGGCAGCGUGAGUGUAACAUCGCUGAAGUCCCGCCUCGCGCCGACCAUUCAAACUGCCAUGUCGGCUGCAGUUGAUACUCUCCUGGGCGAAGUGGUGCUUGUGCUCAACGAGACUCACCAAGAGUUGCUGCACAAGGAACAAGAGAACGAGAGGCUGAAAGUGCGCCUGGAGGUGUCCGAGAGGGAGUUGAAGACCAUGCAGGAUUGUCUGUGCAGUGCUCAGAAGCUCAUAGACCAGCUUCAGAUCUCAUACGCUGGCCCUCACAACAUCGGGCAGGCGGUUUUUUCUGCUAAUUCGCUGUCCUCCAUGGCGGCCGGGGUCAACCGGGACCAUCAGAACACUCGAAACGUGAACGGAGCUGGCAUCGACUUGGGUCUCGGUGGUUCCGUGGAUGGCUCGCUUCAUGGGUUUGAGCCAAGAGUUGACUACAAGAUGUGCCAGCUGUCUAUUCAACCAGAUGGUUCUGUGACCAACCACACUCUGGACUCCUUUGCAACAGACACGUCUCACAUGUGCGCUGAUGCCAACAGACCAGGGAGGCCAUCUCAGGGACCAGGUGAAGCUGCCAGCUUUGAGAUAAAAGUGGAGCAGGGACAAGCUUCAAGCUCCAGUCAAAACAACAGGAAGGACACAGUUGGCAAUGGAGAACAGUCAUCCCACACCAUGGGUGAUCUCGGCUAUGUUCAAGUUGGAGAAGGAGGAAGUUCCCAGCGUACCUUCACCCAAACUCUGCACCACCAGAGGCCUGUUCGAGAAUGCACCAGUGGCCUGCAGCAGCGAGUGAUGGAUGGGCAAAAGCCACCGGUGAGGACUUCUGGAUCCGGAAGAGGUCACAGUGUUUCACCAGGUAGAGCAGAAGAAUCAGCUGGACCUUCGGGUGCCGGCACACCCGUUGAGCCUUCCGAAGAUCGUCCUCACCACUGCUUAGAGUGUGGAAAAACCUUCCGUCUGAUUUCCAGCCUGAAGAAGCACAUCCGCAUUCACACAGGAGAGAAGCCGUACCCUUGCAGCGUGUGCGGCCGCUGUUUCCGCGAGUCGGGCGCCCUCAAGACACACCUGCGAAUACACACCGGGGAGAAGCCGUACUCGUGCUCAGAGUGUGGCAACUGCUUCCGCCACUUAGACGGUCUGCGCAAACACCGGCGCACGCACACCGGAGAGAAGCCGUACGUGUGCGCCAUCUGCGGGAAGCGUCUGAGCCGCCUGCAGCACCUCAAGCACCACCAGCUCAUCCACACGGGCGAAAGGCCGUGCUGCUGCCCCUUCUGUAACCGCAGCUUCAAGGAGCCCGCCGCACUCCGCAAGCACAUCCGGACACACCGCGAGGAGGGCGGCCACAUGGCGGUCGGAGUCACAGAUGAAGCUGAACCCGACGCGAUUGAUGACAUGAACAACCUUCACCCGGCGGCGCCGUCCCCCCAGAGUUACCCGCGCAGCUGGAAUGGAACAAGAGUGAAACGCGGCCUGUGGUGCGUUCAAGGCUUGCACGGGAGGUGGGGAAAAAAGCAGUGGCGCUAACCAACUAGAAAAGCACUUUUAGCUUCACUCCUGCACCGCCUGCCUGGCCUGCUGCCAGCCUUUCUCCACAGA